CCUCUUGAUUACACACCUCGACGACUUUGCCAGAGCAAGGAGCAUUGGAACUUGUCUUUUGGAAUCAUCUACCUGUUGUGCUGCACAUCUACAUCUUACUGACACUUAACUAGGUGAACAUGGGAAACAGUAUGUAUCUUUCAUCUACCUUUGUGGCAAUUCCUCAGUCCAGCCACAUUAGGAAUAUCCAAAUUUCUCUUCCAAUCGCCUUUGAAGAGUAUGAAGUUGAUUUGGAAUGGCUUGAAAUCUGUUUUUUUGGCAAAAGAUCUAUCUUGUGAACAAGAAUCUGGUGCUGAUCAGGAUGGGAUAGAGCUGAAUUCCAGAUCUGUUUUAAAAGCUUAUGGCCUGCCAAAUGAAGAUCCUAAGUCAGCACCUCGUGCUCUAAUAGGACCUGCUCCUAAAAAGAGCCAGCCCAAUGAUACCAUCAUCACUGCUUUGACUGAGACUGACAAGGAUGAAUCAUCAAUCAAGGUUCCAUUGCAGUUGGCUUAUGCUGGUGGAAAACCUGAGUAUAUCUCAAAUAACUAUGACUUUGGGACUGCAUAUAGCUAUCUUCGCUCAGUGUGGUUUACCAAUGACUGGAGCACUAUUCAAGAUACACUACACAUGCAGGAAGAGAAGGAUAAAGAAAGAAGACAAAAGGCAGUUGUUGAUGGCAAAAUUGUUGAUCCAUACAUGCCACCUCGACGUGUCUGGGAUCUUUACAGCAAUCGUGUAGUGCCAUCAUGGAUUGCUAAAAAAAGACCUCUGCCCAUAUCACAUGCAUGGUUGGAUGAGGAGAAUCGGAUUGCAGUGUAUACUCCUAUUAAUGGGAAGGAGUGGCCUGUGCCAAUGCCAAAGAGUGCUGAUCUUCAUCUCAUUCGCAUUGAGAUGUUAAACCUGGAAGCUGAGUAUGUGUGGUUGGAUGUGCUCUGCUUAAGGCAGAACAGUAGCUUAGAUCAGCUGAAAGAGAAGCUGCGUACAGAUGAGUGGAAGCUGGAUGUACCAACUAUUGGAAAUGUGUAUGAUUACACAAUAGUGGUAAUUUACCUGAGUGGGCUUGGGCUGCCUUUCAGUUUGAAGGAGGGUGACUUUGAAAGUGAGCGGUGUUGGUUUCAGCGUGCAUGGACACUACAGGAGAUUGGAUUAAAAAGGAUUAUUGCUGGAGAUAUGCCUUCUGGACCUCUACAUGUGUGUCCAGUGCAUGGGAGCCAAGACUAUAAAGGAGAAAUACUGAUGCAGUUUCAAAAAGAGCUUGAGUUAGUGCAUAAUAUCAUGUGGUCACCAACAGGAAGAUCAUGGGGUAAUCUUUUCACAAUUCUUGCUGAGAUGCAAAAGCGAAAAUCAACAAAUUCUAUAGAUAAAAUUGCAGGACUAUCAUUCCUUUGUUGGUCAGAGAAAAUACCAGCAUACUAUGAAAAUCAGUCUGUGGAAGAUGCAUGGACAGCACUAGUCAAUGUAAUGGCUAUGGAAAAGCGAGGAGAAUUGUUCUUCUGGUAUCCUGAGCCAGGAAAUUCAGAUGUAAAAUGGAGACUAACAUGGGACCAGAUUAUGACAUAUUUUCCACCUGCAGAUGUCUCAAAUGAGAUGCUUGUUUGGUGGGAUGAAGAAUGGGAUGUAGACUGGCACCAUGGACCUUGUAUUGAGAAGGGGUUUGUGCAGGGGUUAGCUGUGCAAGAUGAGGAAAUAAUUGAUCGAUAUGGAGAGCUGAUUGUUAAAGAUAACAAAGAGAAAGAACAUAUAUUUAAAAUCAUUGCAUCUCACAAUUAUCUCAUACCUGAAAACACAUAUGUACUACUUGGUACUCGGCUGAAUCAUGAGCUGGAUCUUGAGUGUUCAGUGCAACAUUGGGCUAUUGGACAUAGAGUGCCAUCUACUAAACAGUUUGAGAAAGUGUCAGUAUUUAAAAUGGCUGAUAAAGAAGCAUGGAGAUUAAAACAUCUGAAUGUUACUAAAGACUGUGAUAUUGUUUUUAUUUGAGGUGAACAUACAUUGUGUAGUAGCUUUAAAGUACUAUUUUCAAGUUAAGUAGCUAUAAAUCUAUUACUCACUAUAUAAUAUAGUGAAAAUGUAAAAAUUGUAUUAUAAAUCCAACAUCUACUGAUAUAUCUGCCAGGUGAAUAGUCUAGAAAUUUGCUAUUAUAUUUAUUAUAAGAAAGAAU